ACAAAACGACAACAUCAGCCUGACUGGCUGCGGGAUAAAAGCAAAAGGACUUCAGGCUGGUUGGUGUGGUGUCGGUGUGCGAGAGGCGAAUGAUUGUCACAUCACAGUGUCAAAUUGGAGUUGGUGAAAAUAGCUGCUCUUGUAUCGAGUGUUUGAGGAAAGUGAUUCAAUAGCAAGUUUUGUGCAAUUUUCCAAUCAUCGAUUGGUGCGGAUUUCGCUACAGUUUACCUGGCUGAAGUGACCACUAGCGGAGAGGCCUACUGGCAAGUGCAAUAAUGUCCAGCAAAAUCGAAGAAGCUCAAGAACAUAUUCGCCAGGCUGAGAAAAGUUUGAAAACGUCUUUGCUCAAAUGGAGGCCAGAUUACGAUUUCGCUGCUGAUGAGUAUAACAAAGCUGCGACCUGCUUCCGGAAUGCGAAAGCGCUGGACCAGUGCAAGGAGUGUCUGCUAAAGGCAUCCGACUGUCACCGCCAGAAUCGAGCCAUCUUCCACGCGGCCAAGUGCCUGGACCAGGUGAUCCUGAUCUGCAAGGACAUGAACAAUUUGGCCGAGGUUCGCAAGUACGCCGAGAAGGCUUGCAACCUCUACCAGCAGCAUGGAUCGCCCGAGUCCGGCGCUGCCACGCUCGACAAGGCCGCUAAGAUUCUGGAGGGAACCAACCCGGAGGACGCCCUGCAGCUGUACAAACUGGCAGUGGAUGUGGCCACGAUUGAGGAUUCCUCCCGUCAGGGAGCGGAAUACGCCAGCAAGGUGGCUCGAAUCAUGGUAAAGCUGGGAAUGUACGACCAAGCUGCGGAUGCCAUUCGGCGUGAAAUUGGUCUGCACCAGCAGGUUGGGUCGGAAGCGGCCAUCGGACGGCUGGCUGUGGCUUUGGUGCUAGUGCAGUUGGCACGAGGGGAUUACGUCGCGGCGGAGAAAGCCUUCAAAGAGUGGGGCAAUUGUUGCGACGCUGCAGAGGUGCAGACGCUGGAAUCGCUGCUGCAGGCCUACGAUGAUGAGGACCCCGAGUUGGCUGCCCGCGCUCUGGCCUCGCCUUUCAUCCGACACAUGGACGUCGAGUAUGCUCGAUUGGCGCGUGAUUUACCCCUGCCGAAGGGAGUGGCCGUUGCCCCGAAGGCUAACGUUAUCGAAAAUGCCGCCGCUUCGUACGUGUCUCCGAACAGUGGCAAUGCCGCCGAGGGUGGGAAACCUGCCGCAGGAUCGGGCCUGGAUGAAGAGGAGGAAGGUGGUCUAUGUUAGUGUGCAUCCUCUCUAGUCCCUUGCGAGCGCGGGUUGGGUUGUGUGAUAAAGAGGAAGCUGCUAUUAUUACGAUUAUUGUUACUAGUAAGUAUAUUUAUAACUAGCACAUAGAUUAUGAUCCAUAUUUUGAAGCAGAUCAGCAUUCAAUUUGAUGCAAGCGCUCUCACACAGGCUGAGAGAGAUGAUGGAAAGAAAGUGUCCCGUCGAUAUGCGUAGUAAUAACAAAGAAAGAUCAAAAGAAGUUUAUUUUUUCAACGAAUGUUUAGCGUAAGUUCCAACGUACAUUAACCGGCCAAAAUGACCUUUGUUGCAUAAUUAGCUUUAACGAAACAUGAUGUUUUAAAACGGCUGUUUAUAUCCUCUGACUCUCGUUGAAAGUGUAGAAGCGACAUAGAGUGAACAUUGUCGCAAAUAAAGUAUUAAUCUAUUAUAUCUUGAACCUAAAGCAAAAGGUGUUUCUAACAUUAACGGUGCAGCGACCCGCUAAUCUCGUAUCAGUAUAUCAAUCAAGAAAAAAAAAAAAAAAUUAAAAAUCAGUGAAAACAAAUAAAUAACGAAAAUAGUAAGCGACAUUGUUAUUAGAGAUAAGCGUUUCUCUCAUACGUUUUUAGAAAACCAGAAACAAAAACAAAUCAGUCUUACAAAGUAGCGCAUUGAACGCAAUCGUUUGUGUACAAAUUUUCGCUAGGUUCUCAACCGUUUUCCUCCCUUCGACCUACCAAUAUAUACUGUAUCGUCAGUGUUGUAUAAAUUUUAAACUAUACCGUAGAGGAACGGAUAAGAUCUGCAUGUGUUAUGCUGCAUUUACUCGAGAAAAAUUUGGCUUAAUUCAAUUAAAUGAUGCAUGUUGAAACCUGUA